AUGACUUCACGAAAUGUAUCUCGAUUUUGGGAGUGGGGAAAGAAAAUCAUCUGUGUUGGGAGGAACUACGCCGACCAUGCAAAGGAGCUGAAUAACGUCGUCCCAACAGAGCCCGUGUUGUUCCUGAAAACUCCAUCUGCAUAUCUUACAGAGGGCUCACCUAUCCUCAUUCCCAAAUACUCCAACAGUGUACACCAUGAAAUCGAGUUAGGGGUGGUCAUCGGGAAAGGGGGCACCGCUAUCCUCCAAUCCUCCGCGAUGCAACACGUCGCAGGGUACGCCCUGUGCUUGGAUAUGACAGCUCGGGAUGUCCAGGAUGACUGCAAGUCCAAAGGUCUUCCGUGGACUCUGGCCAAAGCGUUCAACACAUCUUGUCCCGUCAGUGAAUUCAUCCCCAAAGAGCGGAUACCCGACCCGGGAAACGUGAAGAUCUGGCUCAAAGUGAACGGCCAGAUGCGCCAGAAUGGCUGCACCUCUCAGAUGAUAUUCUCCAUUCCCUUUCUCAUCAGCUACAUCAGUGAGAUCAUCACCCUAGAAGAGGGGGAUCUGAUUCUCACUGGGACUCCCAAGGGUGUAUCCGCUGUGCAGGUGCACGAUGAACUACAUGCUGGCAUAGAUGAUGUUGUCAGCAUGACUUUUAAAGUUGGCAGACUUUGACAGAUGAUUAGCAAAAUCUAUUAAAAUCUGUAUUGUAUUGUUCAUUUCUGUAAUUUGCUUUUAAUCAGAGCAGAGAGCUGGAUGAAAUGUAUGGAAUUACACUGGAGUCAUUAGGUAGGCCUGUUUCAUGCAGAAUGGCCACACUGAUCAAGUACAUUGUUGCAGUUCUGAAACCAGCAGAGGGCAGUGCUUACUCAAAGAUUCUAAUACACAAUUACAAUGUAGCCUACUGGACUAAAAAAUGUAUUGAUUUUACAAUGGGAAAUAUGAUUGAUACAGAACUUGAA